GCCAAAGUAUAUAAUAACAAAUAAAAACUUUCGGCUUUGCCACACACAACACACCUCACCAUGCCUCCAGCAAGCCAGGCGACUGCGACUGCUCCUGCUACUGCGACAAGGACGAGGCCGAGGACGAGUACGAGUACGGACCAUUAGCACGAUUGUUGAGCUUUAAGACUCCCGAUGGCUUACCUUGAGUGUGCCGGUGUGGGAUGUGUGGUGUGUGGGUACCUGCGCACAUUACGACCAGUCAUAAAACUAGGGCCAAAAAAUAUAACCGAGAGCCUUUGGCUUUGGCUCUGGCUCUGGCACUCAAUCCCAGCCCGUGGCGCCUAAGUCGCUUAUUAAUAAAAUAUAGCCAGAAGUGUGUUAUGGAGGUUCAACUGCAGAAAUCGGUCGCAAUCUGGCCAAGGAAAUGGCUCAUGAAAGUCCUUAGAUUGUUAUCAAGGAUUCCAUGAACUCAUAGAGCUGCAUUAAAUUUUUUCCGUAUUAACCAACACUGCAUCUUUAAGGUAAUAAGGAAAUUUAUUUUUAGCAUCAAGAAGGCCUGGAAUUAAUUAAUCGCUUUGUCAUGAAUGGACAACCGAAAAAUAAUCAUUCUUAUGCAACUAUUGGUGAGAGUUGGUCAUUCCGAAGGCAUUUUGAAGAAUUAAAAUGGAUCUCAACGAAGAGAAAGCACAUCCACCCCGUGUAAGCGUUAUGGACCUGCCCCUUGGUAAGAGAAGUUAUUCAUUUUCGAAAUAUUCCCUGCAGUCUUUGCCAUUUUUCGCGACUCCGACAGACGAGUACUACGAGCGUCAUGUGGCACCACGACUGGAGGGGAAUCCAGGGCACGGUCCUUUUCCCUCAAUGAAGCAGCUGCAGCGCCACUACCACCGCACGCACUACUUCGCUCCGAGCUAUCUGGAGCAGCGCAUUCCCCGCUACCCGGGCCAGCAGAAUCCGGUGGCGGCAAAGGAGCCCAGUACUGCGUACGAAGAGUUGGAGCGACUGCGUAAAGCGCUACGCAAGGUCUCCAUAUUCGAAAAAGUGGACUCGAAGUCCAGCGCGGACUCCACCCCGGAGUCCACUCCUGAGUCAACCUCACAGUCAAUAGAAGGAUGUGAUACGCCUCUAUCUAUUGAGGAAUAUGAUGAACGAUCUUCUUCAAAUUUUCUAAAUGAUUAGGCCAGAUGGAAAGCCGGAAAAUGUCUGAGGCUAAACUGCCUGCCUACUCAUCAGUAAAUACCUGGAGUGCUGAUAUCCAUCAUUUCAUUUCUCAAUUUAAUAAAUCUAUUCAUCGAAUCGAAAAAUA